AUGGCUGCUCUCUCCGGAUCUUCUUCGUCAAACCGGAUUCGCCCCUCGUCCGAUUUCUACGGGCAGUCCCAACAGGGGCAAGGACAGAACAACCAAGAAGGGGACGCUCAGGACAAGAUUGCCCAGCAGUGGAUCGCUGACAUCGAUCAAUAUGAGACAACGCUCGAGGACAUGGCCGCAGCUACGCUCGACCAGGACUUCAAGGAUGAAUUGAGCGCCAUCGAACAAUGGUUUCGCGUUUUAAGCGAAGCUGAACGAACUGCUGCACUCUAUGCCCUACUACAGCAAACGACGCAGGUCCAAAUCCGAUUCUUCAUACAGGUGUUGCAACAGAUGGGCAAGAGCCAUCCUAUGUCGGGGGUCCUGUCUCCAGCCAACUUUGACAAAGAUCCGAUGUCAAAUCGCUUGAGUGACGCUAUGAACAAGCUUAACGUAGACUCAGCCCGAAACUCCAUGGCAAGGCCCGCCAGCACCGCUACGGGCAAGCGUUACUCGGGUCUCGAUCCAUUGACCAUUAACGCUAUGUUUCCUGAUGCUGCGGCAGCUAUAGCCACCGAGAAGGCAAAGUUCACACAACAGACGGGUAAUCCCCCUUCUUCGAAUCGGAACAGCGCUGUCGGGGAUGCUCGCUCGGCGCUCGGCGCGCCCACGAUUGCAGGUCCUGCUGAGGGCCAUGACCAGAACAGUCAGGCUCCCAGUUCUCCGUGGCAUUCGGGGGACCAAAGUACCGCUCGUCCUAAGUCCUCUGCUGGGCAACCUCCGAUGGGUCAAUUUGUACAACCUCCUCCAUCUGCUGGUCUCCGGUCCCCUCGCCCGCAACUCAACAGCAACUCGACCAUCCAGAACACAACAUUGACGACUUCUGACAAGACUACCGAUCUGCCAUUGCUGUCUCCUUACAAUACGGGAAGCGGCAACUGGGCUUCAAUGGUCAACACGCCAAUGGUACCGAAUUUCAACACCACAAACCCGAAUGGUUCAGGUCCUGGGGGCUCGCAAGCGGACAUGCUCGCAAAUGCCACCGCAAUGAAGCUUGCCGCACUCUCGACCGUCAACAAUCGCUUCGCUCUCGACGACGUACGAAAGUAUCGGCGUGCCCGAUCGAAUGACGCACCGGGUGGCCCCAUGUCGGCCGGUCUGUCACCCGGACAACAAGGUGUCAAUAUACCCGGCACGAAUGUUGUGAUGGUCAACGAACAUGGUCAGGUCCUGAGUAGGGAGCAUAUGUUGGCACUGCAGGCUCAACAGCUUCAACACGCCCAGCAGCAGAACAUCGCCCUCGGUGGUCAUCGUUCUCGUCCAAGCUCUCCUGGGUUAGCGAUGCAGCAAGCUGGAUUCGGCCACAUGCCAUUCACGUCUCCGCAGAACAACGGCUUUUUGAGCGCUUACGAUGGCCAGCCCUCUCUGCUAAACAACGCCAUUCCCUCGUUGAAUGUCGGGCAAUUCGGGGUUGGCGGUCAUGAGGGAUACCUUUCGGAUCAUUCUGAUAUGGUCCGAGGACGUUCCCCUCGAGGACGUCGAGGAAGCUCGAAACCACCCGAGGACCCCACUGACCCUACAUUGUUGCAAGAUAUCCCAAGCUGGCUCAGAAGUCUACGGCUCCACAAGUACACUGAUAACCUCAAGGACAUGAAGUGGACUGAUUUGAUUGAGUUGGAUGACAAGGCUUUGGAAGAUCGAGGCGUGAACGCCCUGGGAGCGCGAAGAAAGAUGCUCAAAGUCUUCGAACAAGUCAAGGGCAAGUUGUUGCAUGAUGCGCCUUCUUCGUGA